ACUCAGAUGUCAUUACGAGCCGUAUCGCUUGCUUAAGCCAUCGUUUAUCAAAAACAAUCAGAGCACUACUGAGUAUCGUCCUCGCCCCCUGCGUCCAAGCCUUGGACCCCCUGCGCCGCAUACUUACAUCGCCCAGGACUAGCUUGCCCAGGCGCUCUCGAACGCAGCUCCUCGAACGUCCCCAGGACGUCAAAUCGGGCUCCUCAGGUGCUUCUUCGCCCCCGCACCGAUGGGAAGAAUAUGGCAUCGCGGACGACAGCUUCAAGUUCCGUCGGUCGCCGGGCCUUGUGGUAGCGACUGCUCGAGCGAACAUGUACUCAGCUCGAGGGAGGUCUCUUUCUGUGCAUACGCUGUGCGAUGCGGCGCUUAUAUAUCGCGUCCGCGAGUUCUAUGAGAGGCCCCACGUCCGAAGCUCGUUACACAAUCUGCAGCAGAGGCCGCUGAGCCCGAGGGCGUGUCGCGGGGCGCUGCGUAACGCAUCUCGGAUUCGAGGCGGCGCACCGCUUACAGCGUCUGCCCGUCUCAAACUUCAACGUUUCAACCGUCACCCUCGGCCUCAGCCUCCAACGUGCAAGAGCGAGCGAGGGCGGGCAUCCCUCGCGCGUCGGAGUCGGGAGGUGUUUCGUCCGGGCGCGUGGCCCUUGGGACGGGUACCCCCGCGUGCGCUCAUGCUGCCGGACUGCCAUAGUGCGAUGCGCAGGGGGGGAACUAGCGCGCGCCGAAGUGAGGCAGGGUGAGGUUCCAAUUAGAUGAGGGGGGGAUCCGGAGCUACGUACGUACCCG